UUGCCGGCGGGACAUACAUUGUAUUUCGCACUGGCCACCCACGUGAUCAUAAAAGUCGUAGUCCAAAAGAGUAAAAAAAGUAUUAAAAUAAAAAUAUUGUGUAAAAUAACUUUAUAAAUGGAACUCUUCUGAUAUUGAUACUUUUUAAAAUUAAAUUUCGAAUAUGUGCAAAGGAAACUUUUCUUUACCAACUUGUAAAUUUAAAUUGUUUAAGUUAUGGCUUAGGUCCCGAUUUUAACCAUGUCGGAGGAUACGACUGUUGAAGUGACUACAUUUGGACCAGUUCCUCACCGAACUCCUACACCGGAGCUGCACGCGACUUAUACUUCUCUUGAAAUCUUAGUGGCUCUAGUGGCUAUCGUUGGCAAUGCUAUGGUGAUAUACGUAUUCCAUCGUGAUAGGAGACUGCGAAGACGUACAAACUAUUACAUAGUGUCAUUGGCAGUUGCUGAUUUCUUGGUGGGAUUGCUUGGAAUUCCCUUUGCAAUUCUUGCAUCAGUGGGCUUGCCGAGGAAUCUCCACGCGUGUUUGUUCACGGUCUCCUUAUUGGUGAUGCUGUGUACUAUAAGUAUCUUCUGCCUGGUGGGUGUGUCUGUGGACCGCUACUGGGCGAUACUCCACCCUAUGUGCUACUCCAGGAACGUUAGAACGAGAACAGCAAUCGUUAUAAUCUCCGUUUGCUGGGUGUCUGGCGCAUUCGUGGGUUUACUCCCACUGUUCGGCUGGCACGCGGACGUGGAGGCUGCUCCAGGGUGCUACUUCGUGGAAGUCAUGGACUACAACUACCUGCUGUUCCUGUACUUCGCCACAAUUGUCACCCCGAGUGUGCUUCUGGCUGGCUUCUAUGCUCAUAUCUACAGAGUCGUUGUUAAACAGAUGAGUGAGGUGAUGACGGUAGAAGGUAGCCGAGGACGUAUGGCUGGAGGCACCAUGCUCCGUGUCUUGGGGGCAGCUCAGAAACGCGAGGUCAAAGCGACGCAAAACCUCGCUAUCAUCGUCUUCUUCUUCAUCAUCUGUUGGAUACCUCUUUAUACCAUCAACGCUAUCAAAACGUUCAAGCCUGAUUUGGAUAUCCCAAAUUCUCUCACUUACUUUUGUAUCAUUUUCUCCCACCUAAACUCUGCGAUUAAUCCAUUACUCUACGCGUACCAUUUGAAAGACUUCCGAGCCGCUCUUAAGGGACUUCUUUGUACUAUUAUUGGAAGAGGAGUACCAAUACCAGCAGCAUACAGACCGCCAGUCCCCGUCAGGAGGCCAGCGUUAGAGAGAUGUAACGCUCUGAGGGAGCGACCAAAAGUAUACGUUAAUUCUCCAGUUUGGCUCAGGCAGAAAGAAGCUGAAACGGCGGCUGCUGAGGCAAGCAGAGUUGUGAGUAUUUCGGCACCCGCGGUGCCUGAUGUGGAGCCAUUUCUGAAUAGAAUUACAGAUAGCUCAAGCGGCCACCAUACUCCUGAAGGCAGGGAAUCGAACGGCCCCUAUCUUAUUGAUGUAAGCGAGGAAAGGGGUCAAAGUCCAUACAAAAGAGUUGAGGAGUUGAUCAGACGAGUGAGGAGUGUUAGUGGAGAUAGCUGACACGAGGCGUGCCGGUCGGUGCCGGCGUAUAGUGUCACAUGAAAACGAAGCUUUAAAUGUCAAAGACAUUCCCUUAGGUCUACGUGAGACGUUGUUACCAAAGAUGAGUCAUACCAAUACUUCCUUAUGAGAUUUGCAGAGUUUUGCUUAUAAGUACCUGAUAAGAUUCCAUAAAGCUAUAUUUUUUAUGUUGUUGCUUUAAUGAAGUGCUGAUGUGAUUCAAAUUAAUCAAACUCUAAACAAUAAGUAGUUGAACGGAUAGUAUUUAUAAAGUUUUACUAUUUAUUUACAUUUUAGACAUGUCGAGUUUUAAACUUACCUAAUAAAUGUAUGUGCUGUAAGUCUGUUAAAAUUUGCUUUUGAGAAGAUUCAGUCAAUUGUUGCUUGAAAU